UUUGGGACCAGGAGAGAGCCAGUAGGAGGACCUUAAACUUGGCUGAGGACACCGGCGACAGCAAUGAAAUUGUUCCUUGACUGCCUCGGGAUUGAGGCACUGAGAAGCAGAUAAAAAAUUUGUUGGCAUUCACUGAAGCGAUACGACUUCAUAAAAGAAAAAAAGCUGUAGUAAAUUGGAAUUUAAUGUCAAUAGGUAGUUUAUUUUGGGUCCAUGGUUCUUGGGGUCUUUCCUCCCCCCCUCCCCAAUUUUGUAAAGGAUCAAGCAAGGACAAACUGCUCACUUUUCAGAAGGGGGCAUGACCUUUUUCCCAUUUUGAUAGGUUUCCCUCCAUCAAGAGAAUCAGUUUUUUUUGCAGGAAGCGACAGCGGAUGAUGAUCAACUUUGAGUCAUCUGGAACCAACAAAGAAGAUUUCUCCUCCUUUAAGAUAGCUGGAAAAAAUUGAAACCUAAUACGUGCUGACUUCUACAAAAAUGAUCUGCAUGGCAAAUCCCAUUCCUAUCCUGGUGCUUCUCUGUCUCCUCCACUCUACAGAGGAGACAUGCCCGUCCAUGUGUCUCUGCACAUCUGACACAGUGAGCUGCAGCUCCAGUGGUCUCACUAAGCUCCCCAAGUUGCUGCCCACGUUCUCCAUCACACUAGAUCUCAACCACAAUCAUUUCUCCUGGCUGCGUGCUGGCAGCUUCAGCAGGAUGUCCAGGCUGGAAACACUCCGAAUGGCCCACAACCAGCUGACUGGCUUAAUUUAUGGGGUUUUUGAAAAUGCCUCAAGCAUAAGAUAUCUUGACUUGUCUUCCAACAAGCUCAAAGUGGUGGAGCAGCACUACUUCCAUGGACUGUGGAGGCUGGAGGAGCUUAUUCUUUUUAACAAUAAAAUCACACAGGUGGAACCUGGCACAUUAAGCAGUUUGAGCAGUUUGAAAAAAGCUUACUUCAGCCUCAACCAGCUCACAAACUUCCCAUUCUUCUCCAUCCAAGACCACAGCCAACCUUUUCUGACCAUGCUGGACCUCUCAUCCAACCAUAUAACACGUCUGCCAUGGGAGGAUGUAAAAGCAUUGCCGGGUUUAGUGCAGCGUGGGCUCUUUCUCCAUAACAACUCUUUUAUUUGUGACUGCUCCAUGUACAGUGUGUUCUGGCACUGGGAUCUUAGAGGGUUUGACACGCUGAGAGAUUUCAUGGAAGAGCACACUUGCAGCAUCUAUGGAGACCCCCGAGCCUCUAUCCAGUUUCUGCGACACACUCGUUUUUUCAACAACUGCAGCGUGGAAAAAGCUGUCUCGCAACCCAUGACUGUGCUCCUCUCCAAGGUGUUUGUUUCAGAGGGACAAAGGGUGAAACUGGAUUGCCAAACAUCCCUGAGCAGCACCAAUCUCUCAUUUACUUGGCUCUCUCCCAAACAGGGCGUCAUCACCCAGUACAACAUCAAUGACACUGCAAUGAGAAUGUUUGCUAAUGGUACCUUGGAGAUUCACACAGCCAAGGUCAAUGACUCAGGCCUGUAUGUGUGUACAGCAAUGGAUAUUAUGCAGGCACUGAAUGCAACGAGAGAAAUAAAUGUGACGGUGCUCUUCCCUGUAGCAGAGCCAUUCAACACAGGUUACACAACACUGCUUGGCUGUGUGGUGACCAUGGUCCUCAUCCUCAUAUACCUCUACUCAACACCAUGUCGAUGUAGCUGCUGUAAACAGCCCAAGCCUCCAGUCAUUUCUGCCGCAGCAUAUGAUCCUGGCAACUUAACUUCAGUUUUCUCUCCCUGUACAGGAGACCAGCAGAAAAUCCACAAAAAUAAGCAUGUGGCAUUUCUGCAGCCAAUGUUGAGUGAGCAAGGACUUGAAUAGAAAUCUCAAAAUUGAUGGGGAAAAUAAAAAACUAAAUGCCCUUGCUUUCCCAGGAAUUAGAGUUAAUCGGUUUACAUAAGUGUUUGGAUUCACUUGUUGGACAUCAUCUUCCUUUGCUAGACAUAUUCUGCUCCAAAUAUACUUUCCUUCUCUAAAGUGGUCCAAUGAGAGUUUCACAAUGUACUCUACACAUUAUUCCCUCCUAAAGUCACAUGGUGGACCAUUAAGACUGGACAUCAAUAAUGGGAAGUUUUAACAACAUUAAAAGUAAUGUUUUCAUGAUUGGAAUGGUGUUAUAAAGUGUAUUGGUUGGCAAUCAGCCUGUAUGCACAAUGUCAUACUGUCAAUGUUUUUUUUUGUAUAUUCUGGUAUAGCCGAGGAUGUCGUUGUGGCUUGUGCAGCUCUUUGAGACACUCGUGAUUUAGGGCUAUAUAAGUAAACUUUGAUUGAUUGAUUGAUUGAUUGAUUGCUAGAGAUAAGUACUGUACAAUCACAUCACAAGCAGAAUGACAAAGCAAUAUUUAUAUUACCGUAUAUCAUUAUUAUGAGUAGUUUCUGUCUUGAACAAAAACGUAUGUUUCUCAGCGUUGCCAGACAUGGUGCAAAUAGCGAAUGUGUAUAAUAACAUCACCCUCUAAAAGGUUUAUGAUUAAUAAUUUCAAAUAUCACAUAAUGGAAGUUAAUUUUACCCUUUACAUAUAUGACUAUUAGCAAACAAACCGGAUACAUUCGGCACUGCAAGUGAGUUUGUCAAUUUUCUCAUGUACCCCUAUACAGAUUAUUGGAGCACUCUUACCUAAAAAAAAAAUGUUUUCCAACAGUGCUCUGAUUGUAUCUAAAGGGGAACUGCACGUUUUUGGAAUUGUGCCAAUUAUUCACAAUUCUUAUGUAAGACAAUAACACAUAUGUUUUUAUAUAUUUAUUUUAUGCAUUCUAAUUCGUAAAUAAACACAAGCAAAAGUCAGCUAACAAUGGAGCCUAAGGGAUUUGCUCCAUUCCACCUAUAAAGCACUCUAAAAACAUUCAAAAACAUUUUACAUAAACGCUGUAUAUGUAAUGUAGUAACAGGCUCCAUGUGUUUUGUGGGCUUGGAGAAAGUAUUCGACCGUGUCCCUCGGGAAGUCCUGUGGAGGGUGCUCAAAGAGUAUGGCGGUCCACUCCCUGCAUGAUCAGUGUCAGAGCUUGGUCCGCAUUGCUGGCAGUAAGUCGGACCCAUUUCUAGUCAGGGUUGGACUUCGCCCUGGCUGCCCUUUGUCACCAAUUCUGUUUACAGCUUUUAUGGACAGAAUUUCUAGGCACAGUCAGGGCGUUAAGGGGAUCCAGUUUGGUGACUGUAGGUUUUAGGUCUCUGCUUUUUGCAGAUGUAUGGUACUGCUGGCUUUAUCUGGCCAGGAUCUUCAGCUCUAACUGGAUCGGUUCGCAGCAGAGUGUGAAACGACUGGGAAGAAAAUCAGCACUUCUAAGUCCGAGUCCAUGGUUCUCGCCCGGAACAGGAUACAAACUAGGAACAUAAUUAAACAAUCACUUACUGUACUAUGUCUACCGGAUUUUGACUAUUGCAAGAGGUACAAGCGAUACAAAAUGGAUGGAUGGAAGUUUAUAUCUUCCUGUUUGGAUGAAGAAUUAAUCAUAAUCCCCACACAGAUAAAACAAAACAAAAAAAGAUGGGCGCAAACGAGCGUCUGUGUAUCUUUCUCGCGAUCUCAGGGUCGUAGUUAGUUGUCAAAGUUGACCAACUUCUCGGUUUAUGGCCUCAACCCUUUUACAAUACAAGUGAAACAUAUGAUCUAUAAUGCAGCACAAACUUUCAAUCGUUUACCAACUCAGAGGGGAUGCAGCAGCUCACCGGUUUAGUAUGUCAAUAGCUGCAUAAGAUAGUUGCCUACCUGUAAUCGCGGUGCCACUGAAAGUAGUUCUUCUGCAUUAGUGCUUAUAAUAACACUAUUGCUUAUACUUGGUUAAUAAGCAGGUCAGGACACAUAAAUGGAGUAUUGUUGGCGGUUUUUGGGUGUUUUUUAGAGGGCUUUAUGGGCGCAAUCCGUUAGCUUCAUUGUUAGCCAUUGUUAGAAUGCAUAAAAAUAAGAAAUACACUUGUUCUUGUGUUACAUAGAGAUUGUGAAUGAUAGGGAACAUUCCCAAAAAAUACAGUUCUCAUUUAAAGGUAAAUCUACAUUACAAGAUAUGCUAUACUGUACAGGGUUAAUGAUAAUGUUUUAUUGUAUUUUUUUGGUAUAGCAGAUGGUCCUGAGUAACGCCAAAUUGGAUAUGUACAAUAGUUUUCGUAAGAUACAAUACACUUAAGCUUGUGGCACAACAAUUUGUAAUUUCCCAUAUGGCAACACUGAUGUCGCUGUAAUUGACCUGACAAACAAUACAUGUCCCACCUGUUGGAUAAAUGUGGCUACAGAUAAAAACAAGAUCCAUGUUUGCUCAUGCUUAUACGACAAGUCACCAAACCAAACAAAAAAGCAAUUGGAAAGCAAAGACAACAACACACUGUGAAACAUACAUAACGUGUAGAGAAUUGAAUAAUAUUUUAAGGAACUCUCACACAAAGCUUGUUGACAUUUUUUGUAGAAAUUGCUCUUUAUAUGCAGGUACAUAUGAGGGGAUGAAAGACGCUAUGAAGCCAUUUGCAAGCACUGCAUUGACAGAACACAAAUGUGCUCCAUAAGAAAAUAAAGUCAAAGUCAUGAAAGACCAAAUGGAGCUGGUGUGAAAUCACAGUCAAAACAAACCAAUCACUUAUUUUAGUCCAAGCAUCUAUAAUGUUUAUUAUCCUACGGUUUAACCUGAAAGCAAGCAGUGCGUCCAGAAUCAAUGAGAUUAGACGUUUUCUAAUCCUUGAUGUAAUGUCAAAGAGAAUUCAUUCAGCGAGGCUCAUGAAAGAGAAGCAUGGCGGUACAGGAGCGGCUUUAUUUUUUCAAAACCUUGGUCAAUAUUGGCCUUCUUUAAUGUCCAUACCAUUUUACAGCCUACAAGAAAGUUCACUGAUUAAAACAAGUAGUGAUUUUAAAAUCAAUCAACAAUCCCUUGUGAUGAGUUUGUCUGAUAAAAUCUAAACAAUAUGGCUCUACUCAAAUCCAAUCUGUUUGUUUCUGCUAUAGGACAAUGGAGCCAUAUUGAUAUGCAUGUAUGCAAUAGUACAAUUGUUUUGCAUUCAUAAUAAACAAGCGUCAUGUGUUAUCAGCAAUUAUCUGAUGCAGGUAAAAAUUGGAGGCAAUAACUAUGUGAGUGAUAAAAACAAGUUAUUUACAUAAACAGUUCAUGCAGCAUAUUACCAGGGAGAUGCUCAAUUUACAGUUAGAAUUACAAAAGAUAAACAACUCUUAUUUCAUCUCAAUCUGUCCAUGAGUUGCCUGCCAGCCACAGUUAAGGUUCAGUGAUUUAGGGCCUGAGAAAAGUCAGUGUUGUAUACAAUUAUAUUUGAUACGCACCAGCGAGUAACAGUGUUUUAUUUACAGCUGCUACAACACAUUGCACACACAUUCAAGCAUGUGCACAAUAUUAAGCAAGCAAUUGUCAAGUCCAGUCAUUUUUUGCUCAGUGAGUGUUUGAUCUGUAUUUUGUGCUAAUGCCAAUGGAAUGUGGGGGAUUGACAUUUAUUACUUAUCAAAUAUUUGACACAUUUGGGUUGGAAGAGUCAAUUUGAAAGGGACUAAGAAGUAUUACAGUCACAUUGAAAAUAAACUAAAUUGGCAUUAGCAUCAAGUGUCAGAAUGAAGUAAAAAUAUUUUGGAAAAAAGCGGUGAUGUUACAUUUAAAAAUUAUCAUGGAAUUAAAGUUGUACUUUUAAAACGCGUAAUUCUCACACAAAGUUUUUUUCUUAAAUGGAUCAUUAUAUAUGAUUUUUUUUUUCUGCAAUUCAGUCACUUCCUUGUGGUCUACAUAACAUGUGAUGGUGGUUCUUUGGUGAAGAUUUUCACAUAGAUUCCGUUUUACAGGUCAUCUUAAAGUUGCUAGUCAGUCAUGUUGUAGUUUUUAGCAUUUCCAUAUCGAGUCUACUGACCGAUAUAAGUUAGAGCUAUACGCUAGUGGUGUGCGAUACCACUGAUUUAUUACUGGGGUGAGUUUUUCCUUGCCCGUAUGUGGGCUCUGUACCGAGGAUGUCGUUAUGGCUUGUGCAGCCCUUUGAGACACUUGUGAUUUAGGGCUAUAUAAAUAAACAUUGAUUGAUUGAUUGAUUGAUUUUCUUUCCGAUUCAAUACUGAGUAUAUUUGAGGCUGCUAUCAGCAAUACCGAUCCAACACUGAUACUUUGUGCUAUUAUACCUGAUGUGUCUGGUAACAUUUAAAAAGUAGUGUGUUUCAAGUGUAAAUACUCUUAGGGAAUCAUCUUUAACCGAUAAAAAAUCACAGGGAGAGACAAAUAAUGGCAUUACCCUGCAUUGAAUGUUAUUUAUAUUCAACUCUGUAUGUAGUGUCUCCAAAUUGCCUACCAUAAAAAUAUACAUACACUUGCCGUUUUAUAAUACUGAGUGACUCAUUUUAUUUGCCGGUCAUUUUUUUUCAAAUAAACAAAUGACAGACUGAAUGACUGAGCACGUACUCCGUACUUACCUAGGGGGAAGAAAAAGUAGUACCACUUGCGUUUAGUUUCUUUACACUGUGUUCCUGUCAAUGAUGUACAUUAUCUCAAAUAACUAAAGUAUCAAAAUUAGCGAUAUUUUGAUUUGAGAAUCCAUAUUAAAGCAUACAAAUCUGGUAUCAGUGUUAUUGAUAUUUCAGUAUCAAUCCACACAUCACUACCAUGCGCUACUUUGUAUUAGAAAUGGCAACAGCGGAGGGUGCCUGUGCACGUACGAGCCAGAACACAAGUUAGAAACAACAAAACAACAAGAGGAUAGAAAAAAUGAGGAACGCUUGGACUACAACUGAAUAAAAAUAGCGGACUUGGGCAAAGCUCUUCGGGUAGACAUAUACCAUAUACUGUAUGUAGAUAUCCGCUGAAGUAACGAAGGAAAAUAAUGUCACUAAAGUCUCAAAUUCCAAAUGGCUUGUUUGGAGCAAGUCUGAGAGAAGGCAAGAUUGUUUUAUAAAUAUCUCCGCCUUGCCUCAAAGGUUUGAUUAAAAAAUGUUGAGACUUAUGGGGAUCCCAAAUACACAAAAACAGGUAGCAACAGGUAAGGAAAGUUGGUUUUGCAUAAUAGAACCUCUUCAAAUGUUAAAAUAUUACUGUAACUUAGUUGUACAAUUCAAACUUUAUUCAUGUAAUAUUUAAACAUUAUUCUCUUAUUUCACACUCUAUUCUGAUUAUUUAAGAUUUUUUCUUUUUGUAUUUACUGUAUUUUAUUCAGUUUUUGAACUUCUUUAUUACACAUACAGGCUUGACAGCAUUAAAAACCAUUCUUCACAAGAUUGAUCAACAUGUGACAUUAACAAACAGUUUGGUGAAUCCUAAUGGCAGAUAGCCUAUUUCAUUUGUAUGAAGGUUUUCAAUGUGUUCUUAUUUUUAGUCCACUGUCUGUUCUCUCGCUGCCAUUUUGAAAAGCAUUUAGCAA